CUUACUUCUCCCAGCACAGACUUGGGAGCAACUCCAGAGCCUCCUCCAAGAUGUUGGUGGUCCUGCUCACAGCAGCCUUGUUGGCCCUGAGCUCAGCUCAGAGAGCAAAUGCAGAGAUCAUCUAUGAAGACUCUUCUGCUCAGCUCUUAGAGGGAGAGCAAAAAAGCCAGAGCAAUGGUCAACAGCAUAAGAGACCCCCUCCUGGAAAAGCACCAAGACCUUCUGAUUCAGACAAUGCUGACAAAGAUGGUGAUGCUGUUGCUGAUGAGGAUGAAGGUGAAGAAGAUGGAAAGAAACCUGAGAAACCAAGUCGCCCUCCUAAACCUGGAAAACCACAAGGCCCACCCCAGGAGGGAGAACAGGAGAAACCAAGUCGCCCUCCUAAACCUGAAAAACCACAAGGCCCACCCCAGGAGGGAGAUCAGAACAAACCAACUCGCCCUCCUAAACCUGAAAAACCAGAGGAGGGUGGUGAUGAAGAGGAAAACUAGAAAACGGUUACCUUCAAUGUCCUUUCAAUGGAACAAUGAUGCUGUAAGUGAACCUCAACACUUCAAUAAAAUAUUUAGCAUGUAAA